UGUUUGAACGGUUAAAGUAUGUAGAUCGUCUGUAACAGCACGCGUAUGAAAUAAAACAUUCCAUCGUGAUAACUAUCUCUGAAUAAAUUAUGCAGCGCGAAGUCGACGACGAGUUCUUUGUACGUAGAACUGUACAAGCGUCUUACAGCUGUUGUUAGAGGUGAUAAAAACCUUUUUUUUCGAGAAAAGCAUGGAUUCUGAACACAAAUACUGCAAGUUAAACCGUGAAGAAGUUGAGGAAAAACAAGAAGAAGUGAAAAAUGUGAAAUACAAGUACAAAAUUUCCAGUCUUGAUGCGUUUUGGAACACGUGCAGUUCAAUACAAGGUCUUGGGUUGUUAGCAAUGCCUCUCGCAGCAAGCUACGGUGGGUAUUGGUACAUUCUCGGUACAAUUGCAGUUGCAGCAUUCUCCUGUUAUACCUCCAAGAUUCUGGUGCAGUGUUUAUAUGAAGUUCAUCCAACUAAAGGCCGAAUAAGGACACGGGACACGUACUCUGACGUGGGCGAGGCGUUCUGGCCGCACUGCGGCCGACAAAUGGUACUAGUAGCAAAGUUUCUAGAACUAAUGUUCUCAGCUACUGCUAAUCCUAUUGCAUGUGCUGAGGCGUUGGCCUUCCUAUGCCCUAAUCUUCCCGUAAGCACAAGGAUGUGGAUUCUCAUAUUCGGAAUUGGGAUGACAGCGAACAUUUUUCUGACUUCCAUCGCGUUCUUAUCCAAAAUUAGCAUGAUGACAAUCAUUCUUGGGUUUGGUACAUUUGGAACUGUAAUUGGGUACAGCUUACACCAAAUACCUAAGUGGGACUUYGAUGAUAUGCUAGUAUUCCAGCCAAGUAAGUUUCCCUUGUCUCUGGGAAUGUUAGUCGCGAGUUACUCGGCGCAGAUUUAUUUGACUGUUCUUGAAGUAAGCAUGAAGUCACCAGAAAAGUUUAAUUCCAUAUUAAACUAUGGUUACACAAUGAUGACAGUCCUCAAGCUCGCCCUCGGUGUGUUUGGUUACCUGGCUUUCUCUAAAGACGUCAAUGAAGUAGUAACCAACAACCUACCGACAUACUUUCUCAUCCCGAUGAACAUCAUUGUCGUCUUUCUCGCUUUCACUGGCUACUCGCUGCCCAUAUUCGCCGUAUUUGACAUGAUAGAGAGCUCUGCUAACAGGUUCCUUGGUACAAGGUGUCUGGAUGGCUAUGGCCAACGCCCUAAACCAUUAUGCAAAUACCUACUACGCCUAAUCAUUGUUCUAAUCACUAUUGUUAUGGCGACAGUUGUUCCAUAUUUCUCUCUGAUUUUGGCUUUCGUAGGAAGCAUUAGCGGUACCAGUAUUGCUGUGAUUUUUCCGUGUUUGUUUCAUAUCAAGUUAUAUUGGGACUAUCUUCAAUGGUAUCAAGUCGUUGUUGAUAUUGUCAUUGCCUUUUUUGGUGUAAUGAUGGCAGUUUCUGGUGUGACUUACUCACUUUUGGACCUAAUGGAGAUCAUGUCUCAGGGACACCAUUAA